GCGGCGGGCCGGUCUGUCCGCUGAGGGCCGCGGGGCGGGACAAGAUGGCGUCUGCGGGGGGCGGGCGGUACUUCUGCACGGCGGGCCGCGGGCUGGAGCCCUUCCUGGAGCGGGAGGUGCGGGCGAGGCUCGGCGCCACGGAGGUGGACUGCAUCUCGGGAAAGGUGUUCUUCAGCACAGCGGCGGGCCCGGCCGAGCUGAGGAAGCUCAAGGCUGGAGAGCGGCUGUUCUUGCUGCUCAAGAAGCACCCAGCGCUUGCGGUUGCUAGAAAUAAAGGGAAAAUGCUGCAUGACAUUAAAAGCCUUUUCGUUGAGGAGCCAACGUAUUGGCGGGACGUUAUCUCUAUUUGGAGAGACCUUCAUGGGUGUGAGGGUAAAAAAGAUGAUGUCUUUCAAGAAAACCCAUCGCCUCUCAAGAGAAAAUCAGAAGAGACAGAUACUGCAACUAAAAGGCAGAAAACAGAACAAGUGAGAGAGACUGUGUCUGAGGAACAUCAGACAGAAGCUGGAGAGAGGCGUGUGGUACCAGAUGACUGCCAGACUGCAAGCGAGACUUCCUUGGAAGCCUCUUCCAAAAGCAGUGGAGAGAAAGCUAUUGCAAAUGAGCAACUUAACUUCAGUUUCAGAGUUUCUUGCCGUUGUAGUGGAGCAGUUGCCAAAGUACUUACGUCACAGGAGAUUGGAAGAGCCGUUGGUGUGACGCUCAUGAAGCAGUGUGGCUGGCGGGCUGAUCUGCGGGACCCUGAUGUAGAGAUCUUCCUACAUCUUAAUGAUGUUCACUCUGUGGUGGGGAUUCCUCUUUUCAGGCUUCCUUUGGCAAACAGAGAGUACAUCAAGACAGCAGGACUGCGGUCAACAAUUGCAUGGGCCAUGGCAUCUCUGGCUGAAAUCAGUGCUGGUGCCUUUGUGUUGGAUCCCAUGUGUGGGCUGGGAACGAUACUGCUGGAAGCUGCCAAAGAGUGGCCUGAAGCCUGUUACUGGGGUGCUGAUAUAAGUGAUUCACAGUUGGAGGGCGCAGAUGUGAAUAUUAGGACUGCAGGCCUGGUGGAUAAGAUUGAAUUACUUAAAGCUUCUGUGAAAGCACUGCCAUUGCCUUCAGAAAGCUUCGACGCUGUGAUUUCAGAUAUUCCAUUUGGGAAGAAGUUCAAGAUCACAAAAGACAUAGAGGUCCUACCAGAUAUUCUCCAGGAAAUGGAGAGGCUACUUUGUGUUGGAGGGACUAUUGUACUGCUGCUGAGCCAUGAUCUCCACAAGCGUGUGGAUGACAUUACCAAGUGUGCUGAACAUGACUCUCCUCCUGCCAUUUCUGAUGGCACAAGUGAAACCACCACUGCAAAAGCCCUGCAUGCUGAUGGAAAUUCUUCCUCCGUGGUGAAUGGUGUUCAAGAAUCCUUUCUCAGUAGUAGACAGACAUGUUUUGGAUCUCUGGUUCUAGAUGGUGUCUAUGAGGUUAGUCUUGGAAAGACAGAUGCUUUCAUAUACAAAUAUAAGAAGAUUUCUACUGCUGGGAAUCAGUAGCUUUCUUGCACUGUGCCUAAGUGAGCUUGAGCCCUCGUACACUUGAAAAGCAGCAUGGCAGUGAUGUGCUGGAACCCUGCUAAUCCAAACAAACCUUUGCGUUUGUUAGCUCACCUCACUUCCUUUGAAUGUCCAAUGGUGCUGCUUUUCCCUCUUUUUUUUUAGGAGAGGUGGAAGAUGCCUACUAGUGUUUCAAAUAUUUUUACUGUAAAAUGUUGUAAUGAGAUGAGAGGCCUCAUUGUUUAGGCAAAGAGUCUUGGUACUGGGAGGACUUUCUUUGGGAGAGAAGGCCUUCAUUUGGAGAACUGGAAAAAAAAUGAAGGUAUUAAAUAUAAAUGGGUUUUCACCAGUAUUCAAAUUUUUUUUAGGAAGCACAUCUUGUCUGAAGACAUCUCCAGCUCUUUUUGAGGGCUGGAUGUAUGUUUUACCUUGCGGUCUUGUAUGUUAUUUUAAAGCUCUUUUCUGAUGAGUUUGAAGUGUCUCUGUUGAGAUCUCUUAGUGGAAAAUAAACUAUUUUUUGUAUUAAUUCUUUGUAUUAAUUUUGUCUUAAUUCUUUGCAGCAUUUGCACGUGUCUAACGGGUGUGCUGUAGCUUUUUAGAGUGGAGCGGCUUCUUUCUAUCAGAAAUAGUGUUUUUCCUCACUUGAUAAUGUUACUCCAAGUGCACAAUGUGGAUGAUGGAAAAACUUGCCAAGUGGAUGAACAAUUAGAAGUGACUUCUGCCUGCAAAGAAGCAUGUGGAAAAAUUCUUCUGAAGAGAAAGGUCUUAGCAAUCCUUUUAGAUAAUGCAAAAGGUAUCUGUAGAGGGGAAAUAGUCUAAUUCAAAGCUUUGCAUGUCUGCUGAGCUGACAGAGAAGUAUUUUUGUAGAGAAUGAUUACAGAUUGCUUUCAGUUGCUAUUUUGGACAAUCAUUUGCAACUUGGCAAGCUGGGAUGGACUUGUGCAUUGUAUUCCUCUGCAGUGGUUAGUAUGGCGAUAACAAUUAGCAGUUUGUCUGG